UCUACAGUUUGACUUGAGAUGUCUGCGGUGGCCGGACCAGAAGUGAAGACAAGAAAUGGAAACCUUCGUGGUCUAAAGCAAACAAGUAUUGAGGGUUUCGAUUUUUACUCAUUUAAAGGGAUUCCUUAUGCUAAACCACCUGUUGGCGAGCUUAGAUUUAAGGAUCCGGUUCCGAUCGAACCAUGGAAAGGUACACGAGACGCAACAGAAUUUGGACCAAUGGCUGCGCAGUUCGAUAUAGUAUCGAAAAUCACGGACGGUUCAGACGACUGUUUAUAUUUAAAUGUUUACACGAAGACCUUAGAUACAAAUGAACGACGUCCAGUUAUGGUUUACAUUCACGGAGGCGGAUUCAUAUUCGGAUCGGGCAACGACUUCUUUUAUGGACCUGAUUAUUUGAUGAGAAAAGAUAUUGUGCUAGUAACAAUAAACUACAGACUUGGAGUAUUGGGUUUCUUGAAUUUGGAGCAUGAAAUUGCGCCAGGAAAUUCUGGUCUCAAAGACCAGGUUUUGGCUCUAAAGUGGGUGCGCGACAAUAUUGGAAGCUUUGUUGGUGAUCCCGAUAACGUGACCAUUUUUGGAGAAAGUGCAGGAGGCGCUUCAGUACAUUAUCUGACUGUUUCGCCAUUGGCGAAAGGUCUGUUUCACAAGGCGAUUUCUCAAAGUGGAGUUUUCGUGAACCCGUGGGCGGCCGUACCCGGAGAUCCAAAAAAGAAAGCUUACAAACUUUGCGAACUGCUGGGAAAGAAAACUACCGAUCCAGUUGAAAUAGUCAAUUUGCUGCGAACAGUCGAUGCCUCGAAAUUAAUCGAACUCCAGGAAAAAAUUCAAGGCGAAGAAAUAAAGAAGAACUUGUUGAGUGCCUUCGCUCCAGGUAUCGAUGACAAAUCACCAAAUCCUUUCAUGCCAUUCUCGCGAGAAGUCGCUGUUGAACACGCAGCCCAUGUGCCUUAUCUCAUCGGAUACAAUGAUCGCGAGGGGACGUUUUUGUACAAAAUUUUCGAAGAUGCGGACUACGAAGAUAAAAAUGUGAACUUCGAAGAUUACGUUCAUCCUCACGUUUCGGAAAUGCUCAAGAGGAACAAACUGAAUGCAAACGAUUUGAAACGCUUGUACUUCAAAAAAGAGAAGAUAAGCAAAGAUACUGCUCUGAAAUUCGUAGAUCUGAUGAGUGAUGUGUAUUUCGUCGAAGGAAUUCACAGAGUGGCUAAGGUACAAGCAGAACGCAACUCUGCAUCUACGUAUUUGUAUCAAUUUACAUACGACCAAGGACCCAACUUCACCAAAGGGAUGUUCAACAGUGAUAUAUCUGGAUCAACGCACAUGGACGAGCUGAUCUAUCUGUUCAGUAUGAAGUUUCACGAAGCUCUCGACAUGGAACCCAUUAAAAAAGUUUCGCCUCAUUUCAGAGUAAUGGAACAGAUAGUAGAAAUGUGGACCAACUUCGCUAAAUACGGGCGACCAACACCUGUCCUCACCGAGCUUCUACCAGUGCACUGGUUGCCACUGACCGAUGGCACGGUUCUUCGUUACCUAAACAUUGGGGAAGAGCUGCGCAUGGAAAAGGUUCUAAACGUCGAGGAACGUUAUGCUUACAAGGUGAAGCGCCAUCACCAAACUUAUAAUCACUGAACUCGCAAGAAAAGAUAGCAUGCGUUUACAGAGAAAUCACGUUUAUUUAUCCUCUUUUAUUACCAUUGUAUAAUAAAAACAAAAUCAGACUUCCAAAA